AAGUUGAGCACUGUACUUAUGUGGUCUGCAGCAAGACUUUUUCCUUACACAAACAUUUACAUUCAAUACUAAAAGUAUUUCCACUGUUUCUAGUAACUUGUAGAUGACAAUAUUACACACAAUAGUUAUGGUGUAAAGCAUUUUAGCCCAGCAGCAGGGAUAGGGAGACUGAAGACAACAACCAAGAUAUUGCUGAGUGGCUUAGGACAUAUCUGACUGUCCCUAAGUGGUCCAGCCAAAGCCCCCUGUGGAGACCUGAAGGUUGCAGUUGGCAGAUGCUUCCAUCCAAUCUGAGGGAGGGUCAGAUAAACUGCUCAGAUCCAGGUGUGCAAAGCUUGUAGAAAUUUACCCAAGAAGACUGGAAGAUGAAACUGCUUAAUCUCCACCUUUAUGAAUUUUUCAACCCCAUCUACUCAUUCAUACUUUCAGCUUGAAACUCCAUUCAAAAGUCAAAAUGUUCAGAGCAUAAGCAUAAAAGUUCUACAGCAGUUUCCACUCAUAAAAGAAAAACCUGUCAAAAACAAAACCAGUUAAUGUUUCCUCAAUGUUUUUUCAAAUAAAGUACCGUAUAAAACACCCUCAUAUAAUCAUUACAUAUUCCUGUAUUUAAUGUAUGUCGUUUAUUCUGACAAACAGAAUUUAAUCAUCGCCUUAUUUGAAUCGGUUUGGUUUCGCGUUCGCCCUGCUUUGCGCCUAUUUUGUCCCUUCCUGGUAUCCGUCUGACUCCAUGGUAACGCUGCUGCCGCCAUAAGCUAAACCCGGGUUGUUUUCGAUCGCAGACAGUAGAAUCAAAUCGUAUACGAUUAACAAUAAAAACUAAGAAUGUGACUUUAUUUAAAAUCUACAUGGAUCGAUACCUAUGACAUACUUCUGAAGACACAGGGCCAUAGAGAGCGAAUCCCAGGGAUGGCGACAUUUAAAGAUGUCUUCUGAAGAAGAGACAAUGCAAGUGCUGCAAGUCUGGGAGCUUGCCAUCCCUCUCCCAGCAGUACUGAUGAUCACUGUGAGUUUCUACAUGAUCGUCAUUGGGAUUGGGCUGUGGAUCCGACUCUGCCUCAAGGACCAUUGUUCUUCAGAGUGUGGCGACUGUUGUCCAAACAUUUCUCUAUGUGAGCAGUGUUUUACAAUGGCUGAAAUGUGUAACUGUAAACUGCCAACCAUGCGUUCAUGUCUGAACGACACGUGCCCCUCUCCUACUUGUGUCAGAUGGGACUGUGCCUGUACCUGUCAGCCUCCUGAGUGCGAGUCCUGUAACUGUCUCUGCUUCGAGAUCAGGAUCAAGUAGAAGACAAGGAUGGAGGUACGCUGAUGCCAAUGUCAGCUUGUUGUCGACAAGUACUUUUACAGUCUAAUUUUAAGCCUUUAGAGAGUUCAGAGACAGUGGAGAGAGGAAAAGAGGGAAGAGAGAGAUGGGGAAUGACUUGCAACAAAUCUCCACAGCAAAACUCAAACUCGGGAUGUUGCAGUUCAUCUGCGCCUUAAACAGAACAGCGUCUGCAGGGUGGUCUGCGUCUCACACACCAGGAGAUUAAAGCAUUAGACACCAUAGAGCUGUAAUCUGAACUUGAUGAAGAGCCAAUCCUGGCUUGAAACAUCUGGAGGUGCCUUUUGUGUUGUGUAUGUUUUGAGAAUGGUUCAUUGAGUUUAAGCUUAAAGCUGGUGUUACUCAGUAUUGUUCUCAAUGACAACAAUUCCAGUGAAACAGAUUCAAACCAACGGUGUUUUAGUUCGUCUCUCAACACUCUCUGUCUGUGGCUCUCAGCUCUGAGCCCAUUGGUUCCUAAUGAAGACAUACAUUUUUUAAAACAUCUCACAACCAUAUAGUUUAAAUUUUUAAAAGGCUCAGCAAUUUCCUCCAGCAGCUGCUCACUGGUUUAAUCAAACAAAUUAGAGUAAAUAUAUAAAGCUUUUGUUAGGGACUACUUUGAACAGCGGAUUAAUCCACAUUUGGUGGUAUGGUGAGUGUCUCUGGGAGGAGAUUGUUGGUUUUGGUCUUUUCAGGGAGUUUGUAUCACCAGACUUAAACUUUAAUGUUAGAAAAUUCUGUAUAUGUAAAAAUGACUUAAGUCGCUUUGUGCUAUUCUUUUAUAUGUUCUGGUUUUUUGAAAUUUUUAUUAAAUUCUGAAAUGUUUUAAAAAUGGA